ACGUAUUCGCGGCGUUGUGGAGCAGAGAUUCGUAUGAGAAGAGAAACACACGGACGAUUUACGUAGACGGCCUCGAUUAAUUAGAACACCUCCCCAGGCAGGAGUUACUAUGGCCCAGGAAACCAAUCAGAGCCCAGUUCCUAUGCUCUGUGCCACUGGCUGUGGAUUCUACGGCAACCCCAGGACUAACGGCAUGUGCUCUGUGUGCCACAAAGAGCACCUGUCAAGACAGAACAAUGGAGGAGUCAGUACUUUGAGUGCUGUGGGCAGCAACAGUGGCCCCACAGCUGAGGCUUCUGCCAUCCAGAGGCUAGAGGCCACCUUGAAUAAUGCAGUCGCUGCUGCAGAGGUGGCAGCUGAGACCACCUCCUCUGCUGAGGCUAUUGCCACCGAGGCUCUCAGUAGGGUUUCAGCGGCCAUUUCUGUAACACAACAGAUAGCUGAGAUGAGCCUCUCCUGUGAAGAGAAAGGAGCAUCGGGGAGUCAAUUAGAGCUGACAGAGCCAGUGGUGAGUCAGCCCACAGUCUCAGCCUCUCUUCCCUCUAAUACUUGCAGUGAAGAGUCCAAAACCCCAGAGCCCCCAAAAUCCAAAAAGAACCGCUGCUUUAUGUGCCGCAAAAAGGUUGGCCUCACAGGUUUUGACUGCCGUUGUGGGAAUCUGUUCUGUGGACUGCACCGUUACUCUGAUAAGCACAACUGUCCGUACGACUACAAAGGUGAAGCUGCUGCCAAGAUUCGCAAAGAGAACCCCAUGGUUGUUGCCGAUAAGAUCCAGAGAAUAUGAGGAGGACACAGUUUGACUUUGGAUCCUGGGAGCAGUCGGCUUUAUAAAGACUUAGACUUGAGCUCAGCCUCCUUCCUGAAGGAUCUGAUUUUCUUUUUUGGUUUGUAACACUUUCAGGACAUUUUUCCCAGUGCAUGAAAGUUCUCCUAAGUUUUCAACUUUGUUCCUGUCUGGAUAGGAUUUUUAACACUUGGAUGGUUGUUCUGAAUAAUCAAAUAAUGUAUAUUUGGCAGGGGUCAGGGUAUAGUAUGGGAAGUGAGUGAGAGUGCUGAAGAAAAAGUCAUUACCCUUUCAGAAAAUGCUGUUGAUGGCUGUCCAGUUUGUUACGUGAGCCUCCUGAGAUCACCUGGACCCUGCCUGAGCUUGCACACUUCAAUCCUGUUUGGACUCUCAACUUGUUACUGCUGUUGGCUGAUAGUGCCAUCUCAGCCGUGCUUGCUCUCUGCUGGCUUGAGUAGCAAAACGGAUUUUUUUUUUUUUAUUUCCAUUGUCUGACCCCCACCUAACUCAGAGUUCACCUCUCCUGAUUUGUCAGACUUGGUAAAUCUUUAUCAACCUGAAACACAUCUGUGCCGCUGCAGCCUCGUCCACUCUGGACCGCCUGUGACCUGCAGCUCAGACAUAUUCCUAUAAAGAGAUUUAGCUGUGAGCCUUGUCUUGCUGGCUCAUAGUCCUGCCCUCCUACUGUGAGUGUGGCACUAGAAACUGUGUCAUUUGGCAGUUAACUUUUUCCCCCAUUGAUCUUGGGCUGAAUGCUUGGACUUGUUGUGGAUCUGGUUGGCAAGAUGCAGACUUCUCGCUUUUAUUUCCUUAAAACCAUCCACAGAAGUCACGUGACUAAACAUGUCACCUGACUGACAUUUGUUUCCUUUUGUUUGUUUUCCAGAAAAGCUGUGUAUUGUAUGACAAGUAGCCAACACUUGUAUUAAUCUUUGCCUCUGGGAGGGUUUAGCUCCACUAACAUUUUCAUUUUUUACAUCAGUCUUGAAUGUUUUCCUCUUUUUAACGUGAGCUGACAAAUUCACAAUGUUGAGUGUUGGACUGUGGCAUACUGUGUAAACACGUGCUGGUGUGUGAGUAUCGUAUGAGGCUAAGUGUGUGCUGCAGUGAAUUACUGAGUUCUGUCAUCAUUGGUUAUGAAUCAAUUGGUUUUUGAUGAUUUCUGGUCUGACUGCUUAAUCUGUGUUGUUUUUUAACCCUUGGUUAUGUAAGUUUGUAUAAACAUUUCUAUUUAUUUACUGCAGUGUGUGUGUGUGUGUGUGUGUAUGUAUGUGUAUAAUCUU